AUGUGCCAUGGCCGCCAGUUUCCUAACAUCCGGAGGGUCUACAGAGGAAUGGACUGCCCGGGUGGUGAUCAGGGAGGGCUGGGGCAUGGACUUCGCCGGUCGAGAGCAUGCCGGACCACCCUGCCAGAGGCUCCGCACAGCCUUGAGCUGGAGGCGCAAGGCCAAGGAACUGCCCAUGGCUAG